UCGUAUCUCGCCGGUAUCCGCGCGCCACUAUCUUGCCGCAUUCCGCCAAGCCGAAGCCGAGGCGCGCCCCGCGCGUGCCUUCAUGCCUUUGCCUACCCAUGCGCCCUCCUCACUUCGCUCAGUCGAUUCUACGCGCUUAUAGACUAUGCGCACUGUCGAUGCGCUCCGAAGUUACCGUACAAUCGCGCGCAGUGUUUAGUGAUGUGCCUAUGGAUGAGUUUUACUGCAGAAUAAAGUGCCAUAGCAAGUUAUAACAUUGGAUUUGUUUAUUGAUGGGAGUGUAAUAGGAGUAUCGAGAUGCGACAUGCGUGCUCUGUGUUCGGUUCGAGGGCCGUUGGGCGGGGAGACGCGCGCGCUCGGCGCAGGCGCACGCCUCCUAUCCCUGCGGAUGCCCGGCCAACCGCAACCCAUCCACUUUGUAGUAGAGGCAAAGGCAAGAGUCAAGGAACUGAAAGCUUUAGCAAACGCCCACGCGCAACUCCAAGGCAUGACCGAUACAGAACUCUUUGGAUUGGCUAUUUUACAAAAUGGGGAGUUCUUAUUCGUUGAUUUAGAAAGUAAACUAUCAAAAUAUGCACCAAAGAGCUGGAGAUCAUCUCAUACCCACGGUUUAGACGCCAAUGGCAAGCCACUUCUCGAACUUCACCUAAUCGUACAAUUUCACGUGGAGAGUCCACUACUUUUGCAUGACGAUGUUGGUCGUCAUUUAUAUUACCUGCAGCUCCUUCAGAAUAUUCGAUCAAGAGAUACUUUACCAGUUGAAAUACUUUUACUCUUAAUCGGUCUAGCACUACAAGCUGAUUAUGGCGAUGAGGAAACUUAUGAAAACAAAGAAUACUUUAAAAUAGAAGAGUACGCACCACCUUCUUUAAGGGGCGACUGGGUAUCGGCGGCCGUGAGGGCGUGCCAUCGUGAACAUCGGGGCUUGACCAAAACUGAUGCAGAAACCAGAUUUAUUAGAGAAGUUUGCCUACUUCCCGACACAAUUAAUUCUCACAGAUAUCGACUAAAGCAUUCAAAAUCAGAAACUGAACCGGGUACUGUUUGGCUAUUAGUAACGGCAAAAGGAAUAAAAAUUUUGCCAGAUAAUGGUCCAUCAUCAAAUUUUAUUUGGAGUUCGAUUGGAAAAUUGAGCUUCGAUCGAAAAAAAUUUGAGAUUCGAACUGAAGAAGGAAAAAUAACGUUAUAUUCCUCGAGUGAAGAAAAAUGUAAAUAUCUGUUCGCUCUGUGUAAAGAAACGCAUCAGUUCUCAAUGAAAAUAUCUCCUAAAUUGAAUGAAAUUUUACGAAAAGAAGACGAAGAGCGCAAAACAUGUUUUGGUUAUUCAAAAUCAUUUACCUUACAGUCCCAUAAAAACAAAAGUGAGCAAAGAAUAUCACUCAUAUCAUCCACAAGCUCUAACACGACGUCAGGAAUUGUAAGCGACAGAGUCCAAUCAGAAGAUGAAUUAGAAAUAAUGAUAGAUUCACCUCCUGCACCGUCAACAGAAAGUUUGGCAUUUGCUCAUUUAUUAGAUUGCUCCAAUUCAUAUUUAAUUCGUAAUAUUUCUAACGAAAAUAAGUCCUUCGUUAAUACAUCUACGCUACAAGUACAAAAACCAAAAUGUCGUAAAAAAAGUAAAGAAGAUGGCGAAAAAGUUUACAAAAAUGAUAUUUCGUCAGAUCAAGAUACUGCAAGUCAAUUUGACGACAGCAUUUCUAUACCAGAUCAAGCUACAAGUGAGGCCUUAUCUGAUAGCCCCGUUUCUAACAAAAUAAAAUGUACGGGGUCUCAAUGUUCAUCAUCUUGUAGUACAGUAAUCAUGGCUCGUGCUGGUUUGAGUACACUAGGCAGAGCGUCAAAUGGAAGUAGCUUAGAAUUGGGUUAUAGUCACACAGCACAAAAUUCCAUGCUAAGCGAUAACAGUACUGUUGGAAUUGAUAUCGAAUAUACACAAGAUACAGCUUCAGCUCUUUAUGAUGGUCUGGGUCAAGCAGUAACCGUAGCUGCUUCUAGUGAGACAAGCGGUGUUUAUACAAUGGGAAGUUCUGAACUCACUGCACGGUCAAAAACAUAUUCUCUUUGUCAAGGCAGCCGUACAGAUUACAGUGGAUCACAUUAUGAAAGAUACAAGAGAGCUAAAGAUAAUGAUUUAGCAGAUUUUGAUAGCGUAUCAUCUAUACUUAAGCAUAAAUCCGAUAGAACUAAUAUAUCCAAUACUAGUACGGAUUGUAUCGAUGGAAUGCCACAGUUUUCUAAUCAAAAUCAUCAAAUUGAAGACAAAGAAAAUAUUUUUCGUGAACGUACGAAUUCUAACGUAAGCGCCGCGUCCUUUCAUGGAGAUGGAAGUGAUCCUACAGACAAUAAACAUAACUUGCUAAGUGCAAGUGAAUUAAGUGAUUUGAUAGUUGGGCGUGGUGUAUAUCCAAAAACUCAAUCAGUUAGUGAUACUUUCGAUUCAGUUUCGGACUACGUAAGGCUUCCUAUACCUUUUAAAGGCGAAACUUAUCAUCAAAAUCAUGAAGAAGAGGCGCCUGUAGACGAAAGUUAUCUCAAUAACUCCUUUUUUGAUCGACCUCCUACUCCACCCACAAGGCUUGACAGCAGAAAAGGCCUACAUUUGUCUUUACCAAAUAUUUUAGAUUUAGAUGAGAAUAGCGCAAUGUUACCCAGAUACCCUGAUAAACCUCCACCACCAUAUGAAUAUAAUCACAAAACUCUUUCUUCUUGCUCCGCUGUUCCAUUAAAACCUCCACCAGCAUAUCCGGGCACCUCUAGCUCUACUGUAAAAGUAGCUGAAAAAGAAGAAGUAGCAGCAAGAGUAGUUACUUCCAAGCCUAUGAUAACAAUUCUAAAAGCAGAAGCAGGAGAAGUAAAUGCCUCAGGAGAACGUACCUUUGCUAGUCCUAUGGUAUUAGAACACAGAUUUCAAAAAUCUAAACGACACCAAGCGUCAAGUAGAAGAGCCGAGCGAUCAAAAUUAGCCCAAGGUUUAACAAACUUGUCACCCUCUAGAGACAACCUGCCAUCAAAUAUAGAUUCCAAUGUUCUUGUAGCAAUGAUGAAAUUACCCCCUCCACCACCUCCUCCGCGACAUGCAAGAUUACCCCCACCACCCCCCGUCAGCCGGCUGCCGCCACCACCUCCACCACACAAUCCUAUGUUCCAUCAACAGCUAUAUAGUGACGUUGAUUAUGUAUACUACCCACUUCAAGACCCCUCUGUUUCGCAGCAAAACUACCUCGACCACAAACUAACUGAAUCUCGUAUAUCGAACAUGCACAAGAGCGCCUUGCAUUACAGAAGUACACCCUUCCUUUCUACGUCGUUAUCAUGUUCUUCCACUUACGGGUCGAUACAAAAUUUAUCAGAUUCCUAUGUUCAAAUCCCAGGCACGCGUACUAGUUGGUACUCUAUGACGAGCCGCAAUUCUACAAGCAGUCAUUCCAUAAAUUUGGAUAGACCUCCAAUACCAACGCGCAUUAUAGAAUCCACAAAUUUCAAUCGGACUAAAUCACAUGAAAAUAUGCUCAUUAUUAAAGACCCACCGCCACUAAAAUCAAGACGAAUGCCGCCUCCUCCACCACCGCCUUACGAACAUAAAAAGAAAAUUACAUCUCACUUAAAGGAAAUAAAACUCCAUAGUUCUAGUUGUAGUAGUAACUUUAACAGUGACAUGUGUGUUAAUAAAGUGAAGGACUCCUCUAAUUGUGAUCUAGAUAUAAAAAUUCUUAGGGAAAAAAGCAAGAACUUAGACUUGCCACUUAUAGCUGCUUUGUGCAAUGAUCGAUCGUUGUUAAAACAGACAAAAGCAUUUGGUGCACCGAAAUUAAAACAGACAUUAAGUGAAUGUGAAAGUGAUCGUAAAUGUGCAAAGUUAAAUCAAAACACCACCGACAACAUAGAUUUAAGGAAUAAAUCAGACAUUAAUACAAGAAAAGUAGUAACAGGUUCUCAAAAAAGAAUAUUGGUAAGGAAUCCAACAGAUAAACUCCCAGCAUUACCUGGCACUGAAAGCCAUACACCUAGAGCUAUGUCUAAUACGUACGUUAUGCAUCCGAGUGUUAUUAAGAGUAAGAAAAGUCAACCUAGCUCAUGACAUGAAUAUAUACUGGAUGCAAUUUGUAUUUGCAACCAAAUUACUUUUUGUGAAUCCUUCCAGUGCUAUGCUCUUUUCUUUUUUUUUUUUUCAUCUUAACAAUAAAGACUGAAAUCCAUGCAUUUCCAUAAACGCGUUCGAAAAUUUCUGUUAAAAUUAUAUGACUUAAAACUAAUGUAGGUGCACAUGAGAGAAAUCGAGUAAAAUUUUAUCGUAAAGGCAUGAUUAUAAGCAAGCCUUCAACUCUUUGCGAAAUGUAAUCUGGCUUUAGACUGCUGCAAAAAGAAAAUAAAAGCUUUGAAGAUUUGCGGUCAAAAAACAUUACUUUUAGUUACACAAAUUUCUCUGAUGAAUACCAUUUCGAACUACGUGUAUUUAUAGAUAAUUUAAUAUUAGGGAAAGUACAUCACACCUGGAAUGAAUACAAUUAGGAUAUAUGUAUUAUGGCAUAUUAAGUUAAAUACUAAAAUUUUAUAAUAAAAUAAAACUAAACCGCCUUCAAAUUGUCAAAACUGAUAGAUCAAAUUGAAAUGGAAUCACACGGGAGGCACCAGGAAGCACCUUUUAAAUAAAAAAAUAAUCAACAAAAUCGGUUCACCCAGUAAAAAGUUAUGAGGUAAUAAACAAACAAAAAAAUAUUGACUUAAUAAUGUGGUUAAAAAGUUAGCAUUGUACUUAUUUAUUUGAGACAAGGUGUGAAUCAAAAUGUUUAUAUUGUUUAAAAUCUUUUAAAAUUUAACUUUAUUCUUGCAACUUAUAUCAUAUUUCUUUAAAGUUAAUUUAUGAAUUCUCAACAUAUCUGUAAGAUGCUUAAUAAUUAUAAUUGUUAAUAUAUUAUGUUAACAUUUUCUCUUCGCAUAAGGAAUGUAAAUGAUUCUCUAGAUAAAUAGUAAAGACCAUUGAUGUUAGAGACAUGAUUGAAUUAAAUAUAUAAUAAACUGUUAGUUUGGACAAAUGGGUAACAAGUUUAUAUUAUACAUUUUUAAUUUACUACACAAAUAUAUCAUAGUCGCUUACAUUAAUGUCCGUCUUUAACAACUGCAAUGUAUAACGGCAAAUAUCUGAAUAAAUAAAAUGUUUAAUGUUAAAAUUCUCUAUUAAAUAGUGAAUUUUCUAAACAAAAAAGCAAAAUACUCAAAUAGUAGUCUAUUUAUAAAAUAUUUGUUAAAUUUAAUAUUUAAUGAAUAUGUUAAAGUCAUAGCUUAGUCCGUAGUUAGAAAAUAAAGAAAAUGUAAUGUAAUAAUUUUUAUAUUUAUUUCGCUACAAAGUGUACAUAAACAAUUGUUGAUAAUUAAUAAUUAUAAGUACAUUAAAUGUUUCAGUAUGUACAAAUGUAUAGUAAACCAUAAGAAAUACAA